AGCGUGCCACAGACGCCAUCUUGAAGAUCGAGGUCCACGCCUGGAUAAAUCGAGCAUUUUUGUUCGGUUUUUGAGCUGUACAUCUUCGAUUCUUAAGUCUCAACUUGGUCCAUUCAUCAAAGUUUCACUUGAAGAUUGAAUGAUUAAUCUUUCAAGAUGAUGAUGCAAUAUGCCUCCCAUACACCAUCAGGGCUGUUCCUAUGUGCAUUCUGCGACAUGGGUUUUACUUCGAAACCAGAAUGUUUGGCACAUAUGCAGUGUCAUUUACAGAAUGAUAGAAAUGACAAUCAUCCACAACAACAUCAGAUGAUGAUUCAAGAAAUUCCAGAGCCACAGAUGCAAGAACAAGUUCACACAGUUGUUACUCAUCAGCAGCAACAACAUCCUGGUCAUCAUGGACAUCCUCAUCAUAUGCAACAACAUCAUGAACAACAAACUCAUAUGGUACAAGUAGAAACCCAGGAACAUGUUGGAGCUGAACAGGUAGCAGUAGUUCGUAUUUAUGUUUGUGGUAACUGCAAGUCAACAUUUUUUCAAGAGAGUGACCUAGCCCAACAUAUGACCAGCCAUCAACAGCUUCGAUGUAAUAUUUGCUAUGGUUUGUUUGAAUCUGAAGGGCACCUCAAUCAACAUAAAAUGGUGCACAAACAACAGGCAUUAGAAAACAAUGUUGUUCUAUCCAAUAUCCCCCCAAUUGCUACAGGUCAAACCGCUAAUGCUAAUGUCAUACCACACAGUAAUGAAAUUAGAAACAUAACUGUUAUGACUCAGAAGAAUAUUAAUCGAAUGAGCAAUCGGCGUCAAGAUCCUACCAAAGAUCGUCCAUUUGCCUGCGAUGAAUGUGGAAAGUGUUAUGUUACAAAAGGUGUGCUUGGUCAGCACAAGAUGACUCAUAGAGGACAUAAACCCCAUACGUGUCCAGAAUGUAAUCGAGGAUUCUACAAUAAAGGCCAUUUAAAUAAACAUCUUUUGAUCCAUAAAGGUGAGCGCCCCUUUCCUUGUAACAUGUGUGACAAGAGAUUCAGAGCUAAAGGUGAUCGUGAGUCACACAUGGUAACCCAUACAAAAAUACGAAAUUUUGCUUGCCAAGAUUGUGGUAAAACUUUUCUACAGAGUAGUCACAGAGCCCAACAUUGGCGCCUACAUCACUCUGGAGAAGAAGCUAGAAUUUAUGCCUGUGAACAGUGUGGUAAAUCUUUCCGUAACCCUGGCAACUUGAUUCAGCAUAAGAUGUUUCACAAGGGGGUUCGAGCUCAUAAAUGCACUGAUUGUGACAAAGCAUUUGUAAUGCGAUACGAUCUUAAAAAGCACAUGAGAACACACACAGGUGAGAAACCUUAUACCUGUGAUAUAUGUGAUCGAUCCUUCGCACGUAAAGCUACCAUGGAUGUACAUGUUAAGAAGAUGCAUAAAGACAAGAAAAAUCAAGGUGGAAUGGUGAAGAAACCAUUUGGAUGUGACCAGUGUCCCAAAAAGUUUCGAAAGAAGACCUUGUUGACAAAACACAAAAAGCGGUUACAUCCAGAAGAAGGUGAAGUUGUACUGAAAACUGAAAAUGAAGAAGAAAAUGAAGAGGGUUUGGUUAAAGAAGAAAUUGAUGAUGAAACCCUGGAUGAUUCCACCACCGAACCUGGUGAAGUAACAGCCAUUGUAACGGAGGAGGGUACUAUUAUUACUACAGAAGGUGAUAUCAAACAAGUUCAUUUAGUAGAAACAGCAGAAGGAGAAACAGUGCCAGUCAUUUCUACAGAAGAUAUAGCUGUUGUAACGGGUGUAGUAUCAACUAAUAAUGAGGGGGAAUUAAUAGAGGCAGUAACAGGCACAGCUAUACAACAAAUGGAUGCUUCAGGCCAACCUACUAUAGCAAUUGUACAAAGUAAUCCAAAUAGCGAAGCAUAACUAUUAACAAUGCUUAAACACAAAAACUACUUGUACAAAUUACGAAACCCUCAUUCAAAGUAUUAUUGUAAAACAAUUAAUAUUGUAAAUGAUAUUUUAUUAUUAAUUUUUUCAUUUGUUUUAUAUCGAUGCCCUUUGUUGUUAGCACAUGCAUUACAUUUAUAUCUACUACAUGUAAAUAGCUUUAGUAUCUUAAUCUUGCUGUGAAUAAAUAUUAUUUUGCAGAUAUUGUUCAAAAUAAUGUCUGCAAUUUAUUUACUUAAAUUGUAUUUCUAGAUGUAAAUAAUAUUUUGAUAUAGAGGUUAUUUGUUAAUUAUGUUAGAAGAGUACUGUUACAAUAAAAUUGUGCCUUUAAAAGUUUAAAUUAAUGUUAACCCUGAAUUUAUGCUUAUUAAUGUUUCCUGUCAGUACAGUUGCAGUCAUGGUGUGCAGUUUUCUUUUUAAAUUUCAAGUGUACUUUUCAUUAAUAUUUGAAGCAUAAUUGAAUGUGACCAGUUCCUUUUUAUUUACAUGUAUAUGCCCACAAUGUUUGUGGAGGUAAUCAUUGUUGUCAUCAUCCGUGACAGUCCAACAUUUCUUGUGGACACUGUACAGUUUUGUUAGAAUUUAUUCGAACUUGCAGGGAAUGUUCAUUUUGUAGUUACGGGAGAAAAUUUUAAAACUUGGUGUGAUUUCUCGUUGGGGUAUAAGGAGGUACCCUUGUAAAAAAAAAAUUCCAAGUCAUGUUUUGACAUGUAAAGUGUCAAAGUCAUACAGAAGAGAUGGGUUUUUUUUUGUUUUGUUUUCUUUUAAAUUGGUAUUAAUGUUCAUUGGGUCUAAUAAUCCUAUAGGACAUUCAGAAAUAGUUAGCAUUGUUCAAAAUGACAUCUUGUGAACGUAAUACGAGACCGUCUUCCAGUUUUUAAAAUUUGGUGAGAUUGCUCAUUGUGCCAUAAGAAAGAAUUUUGGCACAUCAUUUUUCCAUUCACAUCUGGCAGGAUACAGAAAAAGGUUCUCAUUGGAAUUUAUUGAAACUUGGUGGGAUUACCAAAAGGCCUUAUUUUUCCAUUCAGUUUUAACUCUGUUUUGGGGUGGUUUUUUUUAUAUGAAUUUGUUGUGUAAGGUUUUAUUUUCAUGAGGAUUUUAUUUAAUGUCUAUAUUUUUUUAAUAUUUCAAAGAAAGAGAUAUUUCAUUAGAAAAUCCUUGUUAAAAUAAGUUACGGUAUUAAUAAUAAAGCCCCCCAGAUCAUAAAUUGUUUUGUUGCUCAACCGAAAUUGUAAUCAAAUUUCUAUUGCUUUUGGCAAUUCUCUGAAGUAACAGUAUAACAAAUUUUCUUUCAACAUAACAUUGCCAACCUGGUAUUCAGAAAUAUGCUAGAUAUAUUGCAAAAUGGAUUUAUGAUCUGAAAGAUCUGUUUGGAUUUGUAUAUACACUGAAUGUAGCAAGAAUUAUAAAUAAGGUUACCUGUACCAUUUUUAUACGCCCACAUUUAUGUGGUCGUAUAUUGUUGUCGCGUCCGUUGGUCCGGGGUAUAAAUUUAUAUACAGUGUUGAAGGGUCUUGGGACGAAGAAUCCUAUUGAUUUUCAACAAUUUCCGAUAAUUACUGCCAUAGUUAUGACCCUUGAUCUCUUUUCAUUUGAUUGAUUUUAUAUUUUUACACCAUGUUUACGUCAAUAAAUAAUCGUUUCGAUUGAUUUUAGAUUAGAACAGAGUUUACGGUCUUGAGACGAAUAAGUAUAUUGAUUUUUGAUAACUAAAUCCAUGAUAUUUAAUGUUUUGUAUACAAAUUCUAAUGAUUUCUGAUAAUUACUCAAUGAGUUGUUACUUUUAAUAAGAUUUUAGAGUAUUAUAAAUGUUUCAGUACCGACAAAAGUAAAAUAUGCGACAACUCUUGUUGACUGCCCAGACGAUUUAGCUGCUCUGUCCGUAUGUUUUCUGGUCUGGCAACCUUUCUUUAUUUUAUGGAUAUACAUGUAUUAUAAUUGGAAUGGUAAACUACAUAUUCACUAAAUUCCUUAACCAAUACAAUUGUAGAAUUUAGUUAUGGCAGGGAUACUGGAAUGUUAUGAUUGAACUUAUGUUACUAUCUUUGUCAUCACAUAAUACAUGAGUAUUUCUAAUUGUUACAUUUAUUUUUGUUAAGCUCAGAUAUUUCAUUGUAUACUGUUAAUUAUCACCAGUCAGUUAAUCUUAAAAUAACUAAAGAAGAACUUUUACCAAUGAAAUCUGUAAAAGCGUAAAUUCAUGAAAUGCUCAUAGAAAUUAGAUUGUUUAUUCAGUUUUGGCUUAUUAUCCCUAAAUUGUCAAAUAGAUUUUUCACCAUGAAUUUAAAUGUACUCCAAAAAUUAGACCCAAAGUGAGUGAUGAUGAAUAAAAGUUUGUUCUGUUCAA